CUGCGCGGGGCCGUGCGGGAACUCGAGGCGCUGCUGAGGGACCAGCCCGGGCUGCUGGGACCCAAGGCGCUGCUGGUGUUCCUGGCGCUGUCCCUGUGCCGGGACGAGGUGCGCUGGCUCCUGCGCCACUCCGAGCACGCCCCCAAGCCCAAACCCGCCGAGGACUGCACCGACAGCCACAUCGCGGAGCUGCUGUUCCUCAUGGAGCGGCUCCGGGCGCUGGUGCGGAGCCGCGCCGGGCUCCUGCGGCGCUACCACCUCCAGUACCUGGCGCGCUUCGAUGCGCUGCUGCUCAGCGAGGUCACCCAGAACCUUUCCGUGUGUCCCGAGGAGGAAUCCAUCAUCCUCUCGUCCUUCGUCAGCUCCCUCUCGGCUCUCCCCGUUAAUAAGGAUGUUGGUGACAAGGAGCAGUUUGAUUUCACCCCGCUCCGCCUGGAUUGGUUCCGGCUUCAGGCCUACACGAGCGUGGCGAAGGCUCCGCUGCCGCUGGGCUCCAACCCGGACGUGGGUCGUGCCAUGAACCUCAUCGUGUUCCACACCAAGCUCCUGGACUCGCUGGAGGAGCUGCUGGACGAGGUCUCGGACCUCUCCGACCUGUGCUUCUACCCUCGCACCAUGGAGAAGAUGUUCCUGAUGACACUGGAGGAACCCUCGAUGCUCCGCUACAGCAUCUCCUUCCCCCUGCUCUGCAGCCACUUCUCCCACUGCCUGCACCCCAUGUGCCCCGAGGAGUAUCCCCAGCUGGAGGCCGCGGCGUUGGGGAUGUGCAAUAAGUUCCUGGAGGAGAUGGCCCGUCAGGCCAGCGCGUGUGUCCUGGACGCCUGCGCUGAGCAGCACAACCUCAGCGAGCAGCUGCUGCCCAAGCACUGCGCCUCCACCAUCAGCAAAGCCCGGAGCAAGAAGAGCCUCAAGCAACCGCCCAAGAAGGGGGAAGCCGAGAGGGACAAGCCAGGGGCUGAGAGCCACAGGAAGGACCGGACCUUGACCACCAACAUGGACAAGCUGCACCAAACACUGGCCGAGCUGUCCCUGAGCUUCAACCACGUGCCCAACUUCACCGUCUUCGAGCACACGGUGACACCGGCCGAGUACCUCAGCAGCCACCUGGAGACACGACUCACCAAGGCCAUCGUGGCCAUGGCGGGCUACAGCCAGGCCACGCAGGAGGUGGCGCGACCCUCGGAGGUGCUGGUGGGGCUGAGCUCCUACGUGACCUUCAUCCAGUCCUUGGGGCACUUCGUGGGCUUGGACACGGGGCGCAUCGUCCGCAACGUCCUCCUGCAGCAGACACAGCCCCGCGACGGCGCCGGUGACCCCACGCUCACCACCAUCUACACCAACUGGUACCUGGAGGCGCUGCUGCGACAGGCCAGCACCGGCGCCAUCGUCCUGGCCCCCUCCAUGCAGGCGUUCACCACGGUGCCCCACGAGGGAGAACCAACCUUCAGCGCCGCCGAGUUCUCCGAUGUGUCCGAGAUGCGGGCACUGGCCGAGCUCCUGGGGCCCUACGGGAUGAAGUUCCUGAGCGACAACCUCAUGUGGCACGUGGGCUCCCAGGUCACCGAGCUCAAGAAGCUGGUUGGUGAGAACAUGGACACGCUGGUCCAGCUGCGCUCCAGCUUCCGCAAGCCCGAGGAGGUGGUGGCCCUGGUGCCCCGGCUGACGUCGGCCAAUAACGUCCUGAAGCGCAUGACCAUCAUCGGGGAGAUCCUGAGCUUCCGCGCCAUGGCCCAGCAGGGCCUGCGGGAGGUCUUGUCCCGCCGCUGCCCCUUCCUGCUGGGCCCCAUCGAGUGCCUGAUGGAUGCUGUGACCCCGGACACGGACAUCCAGGUCACCCUGAGCAUCUUCGAGCUGGCCUCGGCCGCGGGGAUCCCCUGUGAGGUGGACCCGGCGCUGGUCCAUGUCCUCGCUGGCAGCAAGACGGAUGGCCCGUCCCCGGAGGAGGACUACAAGGUGGCCUGUCUGCUCCUGGUCUUCGUGGCCGUGUCCCUGCCCCUGCUGGCCGCGGACCCGGCGGCCACCUACGACCCUGAGGUGGAUGGCUUCCCCAACAACAUCCACUGCCUGGCCAAGGCCAUCACCCACCUCUCGGCCGCCCUCUUCACCGUCCACAACAAGAACAUCGAGACCCACCUCAAGGAGUUCCUGCUGGUGGCCUCCAGCAGCCUCCUGCAGCUGGGGCAGGACACGGACAGGCUGCGGGUGCGGAACCGCGACUCCAUCGCCCUGCUCCUGCAGCUGAUCGUGGCCGAAUCGUCCUUCCUGACGCUGGACAUGCUGGAAUCCUGCUUCCCCUACGUGCUGCUGCGCAACGCCUACAGGGAGGUGUGCAGGGUGCCCCCGCGCUGAGCGCCCGGCUCCAGCACCCACACUGCACCCAAACCCCAACAACUGCACCCAAACUGCACCCAAACUGCGCCCAAAUACCUGCAACUGCACCCAAACUGCACCCAAAUACCUGCAACUGCACCCAAACCCCAACAACUGCACCCAAACUGCACCCAAAUACCUCCAACUGCACCCAAACUGCACCCAAAUACCUGCAACUGCACCCAAACUGCACCCAAAUACCUGCAACUGCACCCAAACUGCGCCCAAACUGCACCCAAACUGCACCUAAACUGCACCCAAACCCCAACAACUGCACCCAAACCCCAACAACUGCACCCAAACUGCACCCACACCCCUCCAACUGCACCCAAACUGCACCCAAAUACCUGCAACUGCACCCAAACUGCACCCAAACUGCACCCAAAUACCUGCAACUGCACCCAAACUGCACCCAAACUGCACCCAAACCCCAACAACUGCACCCAAACUGCACCCAAACCCCUCCAACUGCACCCAAACUGCACCCAAAUACCUGCAACUGCACCCAAACUGCACCCAAACCCCAACAACUGCACCCAAACUGCACCCAAAUGCCUGCAGCUGCACCCAAACCCCAACAACUGCACCCAAACUGCACCCAGACUGCACCCAGACUGCAUCCAAACCCCAACAACUGCACCCAAACUGUGCCCAAAUACCUGCAAUUGCACCCAAACUGCACCCAAACCCCUUCAAAUGACAGCCAAACCCCAACAACUGAGCCCCAACUGCACCCAGACCACACCCAAACCGCACCCAAACCCCAACAGUUGCACCCAAACACCUGCAACUGCACCCGAACCCCUUCAAAUGCCACCCAAACCCCUCCAACUGCACCCGGAUACCUGCAACUGCACCCAAAUAGCUGUAACUGCACCCAAACACCUCCAAAGUCACCCCAAACCCCUCCACAGCCUGUGUCCCACCGGGGGGAGAGCCGGGAAUGCUGGGGGUGGGGGUCCGGAUCCAUGUAUCCAGCGGGAACAACAUCCCUUGGAUCCCCUGGCGCUGGAUUUGGGGGUCACAUCCGGCGGGAUUGGAGCUGCUGAUGGGAUGAACCAGCUCCUUGUGGCGAUGAGGCCGGCUUCGUGCCUCAGUUUCCCUUCGCCAGCCGGGAUGGCGACAUUCCCAAGCCCUUUUCCCACCUUCCCACCUCCUUUUCCCAUCCUCUCCGGCUCGUUUCCUCCUCCCGUCCCGCAGGUCGGGGUUGGGAUGCGCGGGGCGAUGGGAAGCGGCCGUUGCCAUUCCGCUCACGGCUCCUCCGGGAUGAGUCACCGGAGCGCCGGGAAUGGGGACGUGGCCGCCGCGGCCGUGACCCCCCCUUAUCCCAAACCCCUCCUUCAUCCCAAACCCCCCCUCAUUGGGAUCGGAUGGAGCCGGUGGGGGGGGGACACCCCGACCCCAACCCAUUGCAAUGGCCGGAGCGGAGCCACCGGUUCGGCUCCUUGCCGCGGGCUGGGAAUAGGGGUUGGAAUUCCAGCUGCGGAGCGGGUUGAACACCCCCGCUCCCCCCCCCCCUUUCCCGCUCCAUUCCCAAGGGGAAUGAACUCCCCCGAACGCCCGCCCCGGCCCUGCCGAGCGCUCCCGAGCGCUGCUCAGCGCUAUUAUCCCGCUCAUCAAUCACGAUAUGAAGCGAUAA